AUGACUGACUUUACAAGAACGCUAGACUUCACUGACUUGCCAGAUGUGCUGAUAGAGAAAGUUGUACAAGAGCUGGACUCAAAUGAUAUCAUCAAGUUGCUCUCCAAUUCCAAAAAGGUACAAGAUGAAUUCAAGGGGAAUUAUCAUAUCGUUCAUGAUAAUGCAGAUGAUUCAAUAUACAACAACCUUCCAAAAGAUUUACACACAAAUGUUAUGGAUAAAGUUGCAAUUGAAAAAUUGCUCAAUUUCAAAGGUACAUUACUAUUAGAAGUUCACCAAAUGGAACAAUCUUGGCUUGAAUUCUUUGAUUUGAUCAAUGGUCUAUCCGAACAAACAACUUGCCGUAUCACAAUUUAUGGAGUUGAAACAAUACCUUAUGAAUUACAAGAGCAUUUCCAUAGAGUUGUUAAUCUUUCCGCACUGGAUAAGGGCUUUAUAAAAUCAAUCCAUUUACCAGAUAUCACCAUUUUACAUUUCUUAAUUUUACAUUGGGAUCCAUCUAUUUUCAAGGCUCCAAAAUUGAAUAGAUUGAUAUUGGGUGAUUGUAAACUUGUUGAUCCAGGUUUUAAAAUCAAUUUCCCACAAUUGGAAGAAUUACAUUUGGAAGAAGCUAUAGGUAAAGGUUUAGAAAUUUUUGAAAUACCAAAGACUUUAAGUUUAAGAGACGCUUCAGAUAUAGUAAAGAUUGAAAACCUGAAAUCUCAAGACUUGAAAUUUUUAAGAAUUGAAGCAUGUCCCAAUUUAAACAUUUUACAAAACUGUGAAUUUCCAAAUUUAAACCAUUUUGAAAUUUAUGAUACUCCAUUAGAUUAUGUGACUGAUUUGAAAGCACCAAAUUUGAUUAAUAUUGUUUUGGAAUCCAGCUCAGCAAUUUUAGCUUGGAAUAAGAUUGAUGCUGUAAAUUUAAAAGAGUUAACCAUUUCUUGUGGUGCCCUAGAACAGUUUCAAAAUUUUAAUACUCCAAAUAUUGAAUUUGCUGAAUUGAAUCUUUCAGGUCAACCAAUUCUUGAAAGUUAUAAAGAUUAUGAAAGUCCAUGUAAUGCCUUGGAAAAUGUCCGAAUCAUGAUAUUAACGUCAUGUAUACAAAUAUUGGAAGGUUUGAAUUUGACAAAACUAGACCAAUUAUCACUACAGGAUGAAUUUUAUCAUAGACUCACCACCAAGACAAAAUUCCCAGUUUUACAAUCACUGAAUCUUUGUCAUAAUGAUUUAAUCCAACAAGUCCCAAGUUUUGAAGCACCACAAUUAGAAAUGAUUACCGUUAUUGGUUCUUUCAACUUCAUUAGCAUAAACAACAUCCCAGAAGCUUAUCCAUCUUUAAAACACCUCAAGAUUGAUAAUUGUGCACUAUCCACAAUCACGGGCAUUGAUUUCCCAAAUUUGGAAACAUUGGAUAUUCAAUCAGAUGUACCAAACUUCACAUUAACAAAUUGUCAUUUUGCCAAUCUCAAACAAUUAACAAUAAGUCCAAAGGCAAAUACUGGUAUUUCCUUAGCUUAUUAUGAUCAUUUAAUGAAGAGUGUUUUCCAAUUCACUGCUCCUAAAUUAGCACAUUUGAUGCUUUUAGAUAUGUUUAUCAAGACACCUUUCAGUACUGUUGGAUUCCCAAUUUUAAAAGAAUUGACAAUUUUCCAUGUUGAACAAUUAGAAUUAGUUGAUUCUGAAAUUUUAGAAGUUUUGGAUCUUUCCAAAAAUGAAGGGUUGGAAAAAUUGGAUAUGGGUAUCUUGCCUAAUUUGAUUGAAUUUUAUCCACCAAGAAGUAUUGAUUCAUUUACUAAAAAUGCCUUAGGAUUGGAGAAAAAUGGGAUGGAAAAGGGUGUUGAGUCUAGUAUUGUGGAUACCACUUCUGAACUUCUUGAGCAACUAAUGUUGAGAUGA